AUCAAUGAAUCUCCAUCAGUCGCGUUUCAUUUACGGCUUAGAACGGUACGAAAUUUAGAAUAGUAAAGAAAAUAUUUUUAGGAAAAGUUUAAAACAUUUUUUGACGAAAAUGUUUCAUAAACUUUUGUUGCGCGUGUGCUUAACGCUACUAAUCGCGGAGCUAUCGCUGGUUAAGAUAGCAAAGACGGACACAGCGGUAGCAGCUGCAACAACAAGAGCUAUACCCGUACCAGCGACAACAAUUGCUACUGUAGAGUUGCAUAGUGGCCUUACAACCGAAUCACCUACAAAUCCCAACACUGCCACAAGCCAAUCCAGCGUUGACAGUAAUACCACAAGCGCCAGCAGCACUUACACAACCAACAACAAUACGCCAAAUGCGCCUAUAAACGCCACAGCCACAGCUGACGACAUAUCCAGCGACGUCUAUUGCAUGCCAACACUUUGUGAGCUCUACAAUGGCAGCCAUGUGUUGCAAGUGCCGCACAUUGGUUGCAAUAACGAUGGCGCUUUUGCGCCCGCUUGUGGCGCCGAACCGCAUUUGUUGUAUAUGAGCCAACGGCGGCGCCAGUUUAUUUUGGAUAUGCAUAAUCUCGCCCGUGAGCGUAUUGCCUCUGGCCAGCUGGAGGGCUAUCGCGCCGCCGCGCACAUGCCAAUGCUCAAGUGGGACGAUGAACUUGAAUAUAUGGCCUCGUUGCAUGUGAAACGCUGUCAAUUUGCACACGAUCAGUGUCGCAAUACGCCGCGUUAUCAGUUUAGCGGUCAGAAUAUUGGUUACUUUUGGAUCGGCCGUGAAUUUAAAUCGCAUGCGAAGCGUUUUAAAUCGUUUAUUUUGGAUUGGUUUCGGGAGUAUCGACUUGCCAAUCAAUCUUUCAUUGAUCAGUACAGACCACAUCCGGAAGGCAAAAAAAUCGGUCAUUUCACCAUGCUGGUAGCUGAUCGUGCUCAUCGCGUGGGCUGUGCCGCUAUACGUUAUCGCGAUCCCAGUGAUAUUAACUUUAUGAAAUUGCUGAUGACAUGCAACUAUGACUAUACAAAUAUACUAGGAGAACCCGUCUAUCAAAGUGGUCUUGCGGCGAGCAAGUGCAUUUAUAAGAUAAGCGAGAAAUAUCCUUCGCUGUGUGACUGGAAGGAUGCGGUUUACGAUUAUAGCAGUGAGGAGAGUGUGGAGGAGGAUAAUGGAAAUGAGCUAGAUAGCAAUUUCAUAAAUUAAAUUUAAGUAUUUAUUAUUUUUACUUAUUUUGUACAUACAAUCAUCUUUAAGUUAUAAUUAAUUGAAUUUAUAGUUUUAAAUAUAAUGUUAUAAUGAAUUAGCUUCACUUUUGUUUGCUUACUUUUGUUGUAAAUAGUAGUCUAUGCAAUAUGCAAAAGUUGUUUCGAAAUGCAUUUGAGUGUUGCCAUCAAUCUUAUCCACCUUUAAAGUAUCCUAUCAUCCUGAAUUCAUGCGUUUGUUAUAUGUAUAUCAGAAGUAAGUUGGACAACUAACGUCGAGGAUUCAAUUAUGCGAAGACUUCUCGACUCUCACCACCAUCUCAUACAGUGAAGAUUAGUUAUAUGUAUUUUAAUAAUAAUGUCUUGUCUUGAAAGUUGUGAGUAAGGUUUUCGUCGACUUACCAAAAAUAUUGAGAUUUUGUAAGUAUAAUUUUGUAGCUCCUGUAUUCCAUCCCGAGAAAUAUUGUGAAUAUAGAUUUACUUAUGUAGACCAAUAA